GGAGGGCACAGGUACUGUAAAACUCAACCAAUUUUGUUUCUCUUCGAGUACAGAACCGACGGAGCGCGGCUCCGGAUUCCGGCCUCCUCUCGUUAAACCUCUCCUCUCACACUAAACCGCUUUCUCUCUCACCUCUCCGCCCGACCAUCAAUUCCAGGCAUGGAUGAUGUUGACAUAGAAUUGGACGAAAUGGAAUUAGUUGCAGCAGCUGCUGGUUACUACUACUACAAUUGUAUAAGUAAACAGCCUUCUCGGGGCGUGCAAUCUAAAGGGUCUGGGUUUAUGUCUGAAUUACUCAAUGGCCCUGAGGAUGUAUGUCGAGAUAUGCUUAGAAUGGAUAAGCAUGUCUUUCAGAAGCUAUGUGAUGUUCUUCGACAACGUGGCUUGCUGCGUGAUACAUCUGGUGUUAGUAUAGAGGAACAGUUGGCAAUUUUCUUGAGUAUUGUUGGGCAUAGUGAACGAAAUAGAGUAAUUCAAGAGCGUUUCCAGCAUUCAGGUGAAACAAUAAGCAGGCAUUUCAAUAACGUACUAAAGGCAAUUAAGUCAUUGGCACGGGAGUUCCUUCAGCCUCCACCACUCACUACUCCUCCUGAGAUCCUGAAAAGCAACAGACUCUACCCAUAUUUCAAGGAUUGCAUUGGUGUAAUAGAUGGUUUGCAUAUUCCUGCUCAUGUACCAGCCAAGGACCAAGCCCGUUUUCGUAACAAAAAAGGUUACUUAUCACAAAAUGUGUUGGCUGCUUGCACAUUUGACCUCCAAUUCAUAUUUGUCUAUCCUGGUUGGGAAGGCUCAGCUGUGGAUUCACGCGUAUUAAGAGCAGUUCUUGAUGAUCCAGACCAGAACUUUCCUCCAAUUCCUGAAGGAAAAUAUUAUCUUGUUGAUAUGGGUUAUUUCAAUUCUGAGGGCUUCGUUGCACCAUUUGAAGGAGCUCGGUAUCGCCUCCAAGAAUAUAGGGGUGCUAAUCAAUUACCAAGAAAUGCAAAAGAAUUAUUUAAUAACCGUCAUGCAUCAUUAGGAAAUGCCAUUCAAAAGUCAUUUCAUGUGUUGAAAACAAGAUUCCCCAUCCUCACAAUUGCUACUCAAUAUGCUUUUCAGACACAAAGGGAUAUUGUCAUAGCAGCAUGUGUGAUUCACAAUUUCAUUCGCCGUGAGGAAAGAAACGAUUGGUUGUUUAAUGGUGUUGAAGGAAAAAUUGUCGAAGAAUUGCCCGAUGAAGAUGACCAACUUGAUCCCUUAUUAUCUCUGCCCAAUCAAGAACCGAUGGGAUACGACUCCCGUGACAUAAUUGCUGCUGAGAUGUGGAAUGACUUCAUCAAUGUCUGGGAUCAGUGGUGAUAUUUUGGUUGACAUUGAAGGCAAAUGUUCGACUGAGAAAUCAUUCUCUUGCAAGGUAUUGUUCGGAAGAUUCAAGUGAGGUUCUUUUCACUUGAUUUCCAUAAGUCCGAGUAUGAUAUCUACGGCAAUGCAAUGCCAGGAUUCUAACAUUAUUGCAAGUUACCAGGUCAGUGCCUUUACAGUAGUUUUAUUAAAACUACCAAAUAGAGGUUGUUGGCAACAUUCCUGGGUAUUCUUCUGUUAUGAACUUAUAUUAACAAUCACUGCUAUAUUGCAGUAGGCAGGUACCAUGGCUAUAUCUGUAGUUGAUAAGUAAAUUAUGUAGUUGAACAUGGUGAAAUCCGUCUGUUGAGUUUCAUACAGUUGCAUGUAUUUGGAGAGUUACGUGUCCCAAUUUCUUUUCCCCUUCUAUACCUUUUACUAUGAUUUAUUUGUUAGAAACAAUAUUUGGGGGCUUCCCAACUUAUACCUUGAAACAGAAAACUAUAGCAAAUAAUUUUCCAG